CGUAUGAGGCGGAAUUCAAUGAGUUCAAGGCAAAGGCACGAUUACUUAGCACAACGACGAUCCAAUUAUCGUGAUCAACAAAUUCAAUGCUCAAACAUAAUGUUAUUUGGUGGCGAUACCGAUCAAGUUCAACACCCUAACAUAGUGCAAUUCGAUGAAGGCAGUAGCAAUCAUGUUGAACGACUCAACAUAGUGCCGUUUGGAGAAGGCAGCAGCAAUCAAGUUCCAAGAACAAUGCGCUUAACUCAUAUAAGGAAAAUUGCUCGAUCGAAUAGGGCACGCUUGCCUCAGGAUGGACUUAUUCAAAGUUUAACUAAUAAUGAAAACACAACAAGGCAAUCAUUCCGUUCGAAUACUCCAAUGAAUCAUUCUUAUCCACCCAUCAUCAAUGAAGAUGAUUUUAAUCUCAUUAAUGAAAAUGAGAUCCAGCCUAACGAGGACGUACCACCUCGACAGCAUACGAUGGGAACAAGGCCAAUUCAUAAUUGUGCUAGAAACUUCAAUGAAAACAUGGGAAUCCCAAGAUUUCACAUGCCAAAUCCAACCACAUGUCCAGAUUGUCAUGCCUGUUUGUUCUCUCAUGAAACAUUUGAAAUGUGUUGCUUACGUGGAAAGCUUGCUCUACCAUUGACACCGUCCCCUCCUGAAAUGACUGAGCUUUUUGCAACCAAUCUGCCCAGGGAAGACAUUUUAGGCAGAAUAUACGAGCUUACAACCACAUUUUUGCCUUCACUUCAAUGGGAGUUCAUGUUGACGAAAACCUAGCAACAGGAAGACGUGGUAUUUACACAUUUCGUGCUCAAGGUUCCAUAUACCAUAAGAUUGGAAGUCUCUUGCCUAUUGGAGAUAGUAGACCAAGAUUCCUAC